AUCGGAAUAUCUCACGAGAUUUAUCGAAACAUUUUGGAAUUAGGAACAGAUUUUGAGUGGGCGGUGCAAUUGAAUCGAUAUAGUCUAGAAUUGAUCGGACUUUGGCCCAAGUCGAAGCGAACCAGACGAGAGAAACUUUUGUGUAAUUCACGCGCACUUAUCACUUUCUUCGCGGCGAUAUCGAUUCUAAUUCCUAUUGUGCAUUCUCUGAUAAAGAUCCACUCGGACAUUAUACUGGUGAUAGAUAAUCUGCAGUUCACUCUGCCAAUCACCACUUCUGCGGUGAGAAUCGUGAUUUUCUGGUGGAAGAAAGAAGCUAUUACAUCACUGACAGAUAUGAUGGCGAACGAUUGGAGGAAACCGAGAAUAUGGCGGGAACGAACGGCAAUGAUCGCGAGAGCGCAAACUGCGCGCGUAAUUACCAAAUGCGCGUAUUGCAUAAUGAUAGUUACUGUGAUUUUCGGGAUCGUUAUGCCCGCUUACGGCAUCUCGUUCAAAUUCGAUACAAACAUCACCGAUUCGAACAGACUGCUGCCGUUGCCAGGGUAUUAUAUUUACGACGUAGCGAGAAGUCCGCAAUACGAGUUGACGUACAUCAUGGAAGGUGUCUUUCUGUUUUUGUGUAUCGUGGCCUACACCGCCAUUGACAAUUUUCUCAGUCUCAUGGUGUUCCACAUCUCCGGUCAAUUGGACAUUCUGAAGGAUCGCGUCACACGUCUAGAUCAGAUCGCAAAUUUUGCCGCCGCUCUGAAGGAUUGCGUAAUGGAUCACACGCGAUUACUCAGAGCUAUUUCUAUUAUAGAAGACACAUUCAAUAAAAUACUAUUAAUUUUGUUUCUAUAUUUCGGUAUUCUCUUCGCUUGUUACGGAGCUUUAAUGAGCAACCUGUUUCAAAAUGGAAAUCAUCUUUCAUAUUCCGGUUUGGCGUAUCUGGUUAUUGUUAGCAACGUAUUCGGUCACAUGUGCGUCUACUGUGCUGUAGGCGAAAUUUUAACGGCGCAGUGCGGUAAAAUCCAUUACGCUGCGUAUUAUAAUAAAUGGUAUAAUCUGGAUCCAAAACUUAUGCGUAACGUGGUGCUGUUAAUGGUCAGAAGCAAGAAGCCUUUUUAUUUAAGCGCUGGAAAAGUAUUUCCUUUGACGAUGGCCACGUUUUGCAACGUAAUUAAAACAUCAGCUGGAUACAUAUCCGUUUUACUUACAACAAAAAGUUAACCGAUAAAAUAUAUUUACAGUGUGUUCAACUUUAUUGUUAAAGCAUACCUACCUGUUGCGAGAUGUUUAUAACGUCAGUUACAAAUUUCUCUCUAAGAAACCAUUUGUUGUUGUGUAGUACGAGUGUUUAAAAUGUAUCUUAACCGGAACGUGUUUUCCUUCGAUUGUAUUCUACUGUUGGUAAUUAUUUUAAAAAAAGAUCAGAAUUGUGAAAACAAUUUCUGCCAGAAUUCUAUUCAAUGUGAA